AUGGCUAACGAGGAUUUGGUAUCGUCCGGCAGCGUCCCGAACGAGCAGCUGAACAAAGAGAACUUGGCAGCAUGGGACAGUGUAGCAGAGUACUGGGACCAGACGCUCCAAAAUGGGAACGACAUGUACGAGGAAUGCCUGCUACCAACCGUGAGGGAACUUGUCGGUUUGUCUCCAGACGGGCCGUCCCUUGGCCUGACGGGCCAGAGGGCUCUCGAUCUCGGCACCGGCAGCGCAGUCAUCGCAGGCGAGCUCGUCAAGGCCGGUGCUACCAUGACAGCGGCAGACGGAUCGCAGGGCAUGCUCGAGAAGGCGAGGUGGAGGAGUGCCAUGUUGGGGUUGGACAUGGUCUUCGACGUUGUCGAUCUUAUGGACAGUGAGAGCCUGGACGCGUUCGCCACGCGCCACUCCGAAAAAUUCGACAUCAUCACCAUCAGCAUGACGCUGAAAGAGCUGGCAGAUCUGAAUCCUUUGGCAAGGGCCCUGCCGAAGCUGCUGGCGCCGAAGGGGCGUGUAAUCAUUGUGAAUCUUCACCCUGUCUUCUCCAAGCCGGCAGGCCACCGUUGCAUCGAAGUCCUCGAGAACGAUGAGACCGGAAAGCAGGAGCUCCACAGGUAUAUCAAGGUCCGCCGCUAUCUGGACAUACCUCCCGUGCGAAGUGAGGCACUUCGGGGACAGCCAAAACCACUGAUGUUGUUCCAUAGACCAUUCUGGUCGGUCUUGGAGCCAUUCCUGCAGAGCGGAAUGGUAUUGGACGCAAUGCGCGAGCCAGGCUUUAAGGGAGAGCCAAACGGCGAACAAGCAGCACAGGCGCAGAACUACCAUAACUUCCAGCAGUUUCCCAUGUUACUGGCAUUUCGAUUACGCCUGGCAGGGAGCUAG